AUGAAGACGUGGAUUGGUCUCGCCCUCGGGGGACUGACCUGGGCUCUGCCUUUGGAUGAACGUCAAGCCGCAGCACCAUCAGCCACGAUUCGCAAUGGCACUGUGACGGGAGCCUCUUCGGGUGGCAUUGAUACUUUCAAUGGCAUCCCCUUUGCCCAACCACCCGUAGGAAACCUCCGACUGAAGCCUCCGCAACCUCUCGUCUCGGGAUUCCCCAGCGGUCUUCGCACCUUUGCUGCGACAAAUGCUGCAGCAGCGUGCCCUCAGUUCGCUUUCCAAGUGGAUAACAUCAAUCUGGACAGCUUACCCCAAGACGUGAUAUCGGAUGUGAUUGGCGAGCUGAUCAAUAGUCCUCUGGGACAAACGGCCAUCAACCAGAAAGAGGACUGCCUGACCAUCAAUGUACAGCGACCUGCUGGCACCGCAGCCAAUGCCGAACUGCCUGUCAUCUUCUGGAUCUUUGGUGGUGGGUUCGAGGCAGGUUGGACCGCCAUGUACGAUGGCUCGAACUUUGUCAAGCAGAGCGUCCGGCUCGGCAAGCCCGUGAUUUAUGUUGCUGUCAAUUACAGGGUCGGAGGCUUUGGCUUCUUAGCUGGCAAAGAGCUCGCGGCGGAGCAUUCGACGAACCUUGGCCUGAGGGAUCAGAGACUGGGCUUGAAAUGGGUUCAGGAGAACAUCGCGGCAUUUGGAGGCGAUCCUGCAAAAGUGACCAUCUGGGGCGAAAGUGCCGGAGCCAUCUCUGUCGCCGAUCACACGAUAUUCGAAGGGGGAAACAUUGACUAUAAUGGCGGCAAGCUCUUCCGCGCUGCCAUCAUGAACUCCGGAAGUCUCGUACCUGCUACCGACGUCAGUUCGCCCAAAGCCCAGAACAUUUACGACCAAGUCGUCCGUUCGUCCUCCUGUGCCGGAAACGCCAAUACCCUUGCCUGUCUCCGCGCACUGCCCUACAACGAUUUCGUCCGCGCCGUCACAUCCGUGCCCGGGAUUUUCAGCUACCGAUCCCUCGACCUCUCCUACCUCCCUCGCCCCGACCCGGGCGACAACUUCUUCCCCGAGAGCCCCGAAGUCCCCGUACAAGCCGGCCGCUUCGCCAAAGUGCCCGUCAUCAUCGGAGACCAAGAAGACGAAGCCACGCUAUUCUCUCUCGUCCAGAGCAACAUCACCACCAACGACGACCUCGUCAACUACAUCGCCUCCUACUUCCCCUCCGACCCCACCAACCUCGCCACCGCCCGCGGCCUCGCUUCUCUCUACCCCAAUCAACCUUUACUCGGUCAACCCGCAGGAAGUCCCUUCCGCACCGCCGCUUUCAACAGCAUUUAUCCCCAAUUCAAACGCCUCGCUGCCAUUCUUGGCGAUAUUACUUUUACUCUCACCCGCCGCACAUAUUUAGACGUCAUCACCACAACCGCCGCUGUUCCCGCUUGGAGUUAUCUCUCCACAUAUCUCUACGGAACACCCAUUUUGGGCACCUUUCACGCUAGUGAUAUAUUUCUCGCUGCGUUUGGUGAUGCGGGGAUAUCUUUUCCUGCGAGGUCCAUGCAGAGUUAUUAUAUUGCUUUUAUUCAUGAUUUGGAUCCGAAUGGUGCAGGAGGAGGUGGAGGAGGUGGAGGGGGAGGUGGAGGAGAGUUGAUCAAUUGGCCGAAAUGGAACAAGGAGGAGCCGAAAUUGAUGAAUUUUGAAUUGGGGAGGAAUAGUUUGAUGAAUGAUGAUUUUCGGAGUGAGGUUUUUGAGUAUUUGGUUACGCGGCUUUCGACUUUGCGGAUUUAAUAAAAAAAAGGGUGUCUGCG